UCAAAUGCAAUACAAAGCAAUUAAACAUAUUUAAAGUUAACCCAAAUACAAAGCAUACAAAAAUGUCGGCCCAACAACAAUAAACAACGCAACAAACGCAACAAAAGGGAUUUUGGAAGAAGGGGGUGGAGGAUGCCCAACAUUGGAAACUGUCAUAAUCAUCAGAUUUGCAUAGCCUUAACGGCUUUGGACCCGGCCGAAAGGCAGCUGCCAGCCAACAAAUGCUAAAGAAAUGCGAAAUGUUAACAAAGGCGACAAACUUAACGCUAAAUGCGACGAUUCCAAUGUGUGAGCAGCACGGACUCUAGCAAAACUGUGACAAAGCGUCAGUGAGAAAGAGAGACAGAGAGUGUGAGAGAGUGAGGGAGGGAGAGAGAGGGGGGAAAUUGUAAGCAAGAUAUGCAACAACAAUAGCAACCCGGGCACCCAGGCACAAGGACAUUAACGAGGACAAUCAGUCAAGAUGAGUGAUGAUCAGACGCUCGCUGCGCAGAAUGAAGAUAAAGUUGCCAAACAGCAGGUCGUCGCGUACACGCAAAAGUCGCAGGUCAAGCACGAGACUCGCCACAUUCAGCUGGUGCGCGAAUAUGGCUUCCAUCCGCGCACCAAAGCCUCCGUGGAGGAUGGCGACGUAUUGCCCCGAAAGUUUGAGCCCUUUCCGGAGGACAUGUACGGCAAGCCGCUGGAGGAGAUUGACACCUUCAUAUACGAGGAGACAUUUUGCGUGGUAUCAAAGCGAUUCCGAAAGAAUUACAUACACCGGUUUACGGGCACCAAAAGCCUAUUUCUCUUCCAUCCAUGGAGUCAAUGGCGACGCGUAUGUGUCUACAUUGCCACAAAUCAAUUUUUCGACUACUGCGUGAUGGCAACCAUUCUCUUCAACUGCAUUUUCCUAGCCAUGACGGAGACCGUGGAGGAAGCUGAAUAUAUCUUCCUAGCCAUUUACUCAAUUGAAAUGGUAAUCAAAAUCAUUGCCAAAGGCUUUUUGCUCAACAAGUACACGUAUUUGCGUAAUCCAUGGAAUUGGCUGGACUUUGUGGUCAUCACCAGUGGAUAUGCAACCAUUGGCAUGGAGGUGGGCAAUCUGGCUGGCUUGCGGACAUUUCGUGUGCUGCGUGCCCUAAAGACGGUGUCCAUCAUGCCCGGCCUGAAGACAAUUAUUAACGCACUCUUGCAUUCGUUUCGCCAAUUGGCGGAGGUCAUGACAUUGACCAUCUUCUGCCUGAUGGUGUUUGCCCUCUUCGCGCUGCAGGUCUACAUGGGGGAAUUGCGCAACAAAUGCGUACGCAAUGUGCCCACCGAUUGGACCAACAUAUCGCAUCUGGAUUGGAAAAUUUGGGUCAACGAUACGGACAACUGGCUGUACGAUGACGAGGAGCUGCCCACAAUCUGCGGCAAUCUGACAGGCGCCCGCCACUGCCCGCUCGGCUUCAUGUGCAUCUGCGUCGGCGACAAUCCCAAUCACGGCUACACGAACUUCGACAACUUUAUGUGGUCCAUGCUGACAACGUUCCAAUUGAUCACACUGGACUACUGGGAGAACGUGUACAAUAUGGUGCUGGCGGCUUGUGGUCCAAUGAGCGUCAUAUUUUUUACUGUGGUUGUGUUUUUCGGCUCAUUCUACUUAAUUAAUCUGAUGUUGGCUGUCGUCGCAUUGAGCUACGAGGAGGAGGCGGAAAUAACAAAUGAGGAGCGCAAAAAGGAUCUGUUGGAUCAUCGUGACGAUUCCACGUUUAGCUUUGAUCCAUCUGUGCUGAACGUAAAGAAGCUCAGCAAGAACAACAAAAAGAAGAUCGACUCACGCAAAGGCGUGCUCCUGGCCUCAUACAGCAAGAAAAAGACGCGCCGAAAAAAGACCAAAGGCGGCAAAGAUAAUACCAGCAACAAUGGCAGCAAUGGCGUCGAGCAGGAACACAUUAAAUCUCUCUCGGCAACGCCCAGCCCUGGACCCAGUCCGCGCAACAGCACCACAGAUCGUCCCUCGGCGCUGGCCCUGCAGGCGCAGCAGCAAAUGGAGCAGCAACAACAACAACAACAGCAGCAGCAACAGCUUGUCCAAACGGAAGCGGCGGCCACCUCGCAGCAGAAGACACGCAUCAGCUUUAGGGAGGGCAGCGUAAAGAAUCCCAACAUGCUGUACCCCUCGGACUACAAGGGUCAGCUGAUGACGAGCAGUCGCCAGACCAGCUCGAAUUCGAGUGGCGGCGUCAAUCGCGAAUCCUCUCAGGAUGAUUCCGGCGUUGUCGAUGAUCACGAAGAGCAGGACACGGCCAACGAAAUGGGACAUGUCUCCACCGUUGAGCUGGCGCUGUCGCCGCGCGAGGUGCGCUUAAUCAAAUGCAACGGCAACAUUGCGCGCAUCAAGAAUCACAAUGUCUAUGCCCUGCAUCAGGAGUACUCCUCAGAGGUGGUCGUGAUUGAUGACCUGCCCGAUCGGAAUUGCGAUCGUUGCGUGCACUGCUGCGCGGAUUACGAGAGCUGGCUGCAGUUUCAGAACUGUCUCUACAAGGUGGUGCGUGAUCCGCUCUUCGAGCUGGCCAUUACGCUGUGCAUUGUCUUGAACACCGCCUUUCUGGCCAUGGAGCAUCAUGGCAUGAGCGAGAGCUUUCGCAAUGCCCUGGAUGUGGGCAACAAGGUCUUUACGUCCAUUUUCACAUUUGAGUGCAUUGUCAAGCUGUUGGCCCUCUCCAAGGAGUUCUUCCUGUGCGGCUGGAACAUAUUCGAUCUGAUCAUUGUCACGGCCAGCCUGCUGGAUAUCAUCUUCGAGCUGGUCGAUGGCCUCAGCGUUUUGCGCGGCCUGCGCUUGUUGCGCGUUCUGAAGCUGGCACAGUCUUGGACAACGAUGAAGGUGCUGUUGAGCAUCAUUAUAUCAACGAUUGGUGCGCUCGGCAACCUCACGUUGAUCCUUGUUAUAGUCAUCUAUAUCUUUGCCGUGAUCGGCAUGCAAUUGUUUUCCAAAGACUACACGGCCGAAAAGUUUGCGCCAGAUCCCGUGCCCAGAUGGAAUUUCAAUGAUUUCUUUCACUCGUUCAUGAUGAUUUUUCGCAUAUUGUGUGGCGAAUGGAUUGAACCGCUCUGGGAUUGCAUGCGCGCCGAAGAGGAGCAAGGCGCCUCGACAUGCUUCGCCAUAUUUUUGCCCACUCUGGUAAUGGGAAACUUCAUGGUCUUAAACUUGUUCUUGGCUUUGUUGCUCAACAGCUUCAAUUCCGAGGAGCUUAAAUCCAAGAAAGAGGAGGUGGGUGAGGAGUCAAAGCUGGCACGCAGCAUUGAGCGUGUGCGCGAUCUGAUACGCAAGAAGCGGCAGGAGCGCAAGGAUCGCAAGGAGCGCAAGUAUGCGGAAAAGUUUCAACAGAUUGUGCUCGAGGCGCAGCAGGCGCAUGUCGCAGCCAGAGAUAUGGACAAAUCCGGCCUGCUGGCGGAAACAAAGUUUCAUAGAUUAAGCUACCAGGAAUCUAUGAACCGACCAGUUUCUGGCUCGGAUUUUGGCUUCCAAAUUCCGCUCAGCGAUGGCCUGCACACCAUAGUCGAUGGCCUCGAGUACGAUGAGACAGCGGACUCGGCAGACCAACAGCAGCAGCAGCAGCAACAGUUGCAGCAGCCGGCCGGUGAUUAUCUGCCACCGACUUACGAGUGCGCCAUGCUAUCUGCCACGAGCAAUGGCAACAGCAAUGGUGGCGACAACAAUCUCACUUCGGUGGCGGGCAGAUUGCAGCAUCAGAUCUCCUCGGGCGUGGGCACACAGCAGAACGAUUCGCGUGACGAGGCCACCUACACGGAGUCCAUAGAGCUGCGCCUGCUGGGCCAGUACAAUUCAACGGACACAGAUCCCUAUGCGUAUGCGGCGGAUCAGCGCAGCGGCUCGUUUGCGCGCGGCGAUUCGCUGCAGGACACCGACGAGGCCUAUCUCAAGUAUCAAAAGUCGCUGCUAACGCGCUCGCCCAGCUACCGCAAGUCGCUGGAUCGCCUGUCGCAGUCCAGCGGGCAAUCGCAGCGUUCGCUGCUGCCCUCGCGCAGCCUCAAGUCGGAGGAGAGCGCCAUGCGGCGGCACUCGAGCGGGCACUCGCUGAACUCCAUAUCCCUGGAGCAGGAUGAGCUGCUGUCGCAGCAGGCGAAUCUGCGCGAGGAGCUGCUCAAUUGCGAUCAGAAGGAGCUGUUUCAGUUUCUGCAGGACGACGACGAGCUGCUGUCCAAAAAGAAGACAACCACCAGCAGCAUCAAGUCGAAUCUCAGCUACAUAUCCAAUUCCAUAAUGCAAACGCUGGACUCGAGGCACUCCAGCACUGGCAAUGGGCAGCAGGAGAGCGAACCGCUGAUGGAGCAUUCCGAAUUCGACAAUAUCAUACAGAGCUUUGAGAAGGAGCUGGAGGAGAUCAAGCGCUCGACCAGCUCGCUGGAGCGCAAAAUCUCCACGCUCGCUGAGCCCUCGCCAGCUGCCGAUGAGGCGACCAAGGCCAUAAUGGAUCAUAUUGCUGUGAUAACCGGCGCCUCGGAGCGCACCGCUGCCGAUGAGGUGGUGCAUCCGCUGAAUCCUUACGAUAGCUACGAUCUGUCCAGUGUGCCGCGACGCUCGCAGUCCGUCAGCGCCGCCGCCCAGCGUCAGUCCGUCAAGCUGAAGCGUCGCAGCCUGGAAAAGCAGCGCAAAAUCGACGAGGACUUUAGCAUAUCGAACGAAAUACGCAAAAUCUGUGAUCAAAUACAUGCACCCUUCGCGGCCAUGGAGGCGCUGGCCGUCGCAGCCACCAGUGGCAGCAGCAGCACCGGCGGCGGCGGUCAGUCGCCGUUCAUGCGCCGCAAGAAUGAUCCGUUUAGCGUGCAGUUCGAUCGCUUUAAGCGUCUGUCGCUGAUCGAACGCGUCGAGGAGCUGCCCGAGGAGGAUAAGCCCAUAUCGACGCUGCGCAUCGAGUCGGAGAAGAUGCCGCGCAAGUUUCACAACAGCGAACAGCUGCGCCUUGACAGCCUCUCGCUGAAGAGCACCAAUUCGUAUGAGAAUCUGCUCAUACAGAAGCAGCAAAUGUGCCGCGAGGCAAACAAUUCGGCAAUUGGGGGUGUGCCGGCAACGCCGCCCACAUCCCUGAAAUCGAGCAUUGAGCCACCGACACUGGCGCAAAUUUCAUCGCUAAAGGCAACACCGCCGCUGGCUGCCCUCACGGAGCACCAGCAGCAUUAUCAUGCCACAAGCAUACAAACCACAAUAACAACAACAACAGCAGCCGCAACAAAAACAAUGCACCCAACGGCUGUGGGCGCGGGCGCUUCCAAGCGCCGCGCCGAGCAUCCACAAUCGAGACUAGACAAAGCCGCUUCCUUUCAAUCGGGCCGCACCGAAUCGCACAGCUCGGGCGCCGCCGAUAACAGUAGCUCGGCACACGCCGGUCCACGCUCCAUGUCCAAUGGCCAGCAACCAGAGCGGGCUAGCGAGAAGACUGAGCCGAUGGCGGCGACAACAAAGCCGUCGGCGUUUUCACGACUGACCGAAAAACCAUGGCAUUGUCUGGUUUCCUACGUAGACGAUCUCACUGUCGGUGGGAGACGUAACUCGCAGGGCGCCUACAAUGACCCCAUGACUUUUCCGAGCUAUGGCCAGACAAAGCCGCCAAAAGUGCCAGACGAUUGCUUCCCACAAAAGUGCUACGAUCACUUUUACUUCCGCUGUCCCUGGUUCAUGUCGUGCAUGGACACACCGAGCGCCAAGCAUUGGACACGCGUGCGAACGGCUGUCUUGACGGUUGUCGAUACUCCAGCCUUUGAGUGGUUUGUGCUAGUGUUGAUCUUUGCGUCGAGUAUUACGCUCUGCUUCGAGGACAUCUAUUUGGAUAGCAAUAAGACGCUAAAGCGUGUGCUCUACUGGACGAAUUUCUCCUUUAGCCUGAUCUUUGUACUGGAAAUGGUGCUCAAGUGGCUGGCGCUGGGCUUCUCCAAAUAUUUUACCAGCUUUUGGACCAUACUCGAUUUUAUCAUAGUGUUUGUCUCCGUUUUCUCGCUUCUCAUUGAAGAGAAUGAGAACCUUAAGGUCCUGCGCUCGCUGCGCACCCUGCGCGCCCUGCGUCCACUGAGAGCAAUCUCUAGGUGGCAAGGAAUGCGGAUUGUAGUAAAUGCUCUCAUGUAUGCAAUACCAUCAAUUUUCAAUGUACUUUUGGUUUGUUUAGUUUUUUGGUUAAUUUUCUCAAUAAUGGGUGUACAAUUCUUUGGUGGUAAAUUUUUCAAAUGCGUCAAUGAAUUGGGCGAAUUGCUGCCAAUUACUGAGGUCAACGAUAAGUGGGACUGCAUCGAGCAGAACUACACGUGGAUCAAUUCAAAAAUCACCUUCGAUCAUGUGGGCAUGGGCUACCUGGCGCUGCUGCAGGUGGCCACCUUUGAGGGCUGGAUGGAGGUGAUGGCGGAUGCUGUGGAUGCGCGUGGCGUUGAUCUGCAGCCGCAGCGCGAGGCCAAUUUAUAUGCGUAUAUUUAUUUUGUUAUAUUUAUUGUGUGCGGAUCGUUCUUUACGCUCAAUCUGUUCAUUGGAGUUAUCAUUGAUAACUUCAAUAUGCUCAAGAAGAAGUAUGAAGGAGGAGUGUUGGAAAUGUUUCUCACCGAAUCUCAAAAACAUUAUUACACCGCUAUGAAAAAAUUGGGACGAAAGAAACCACAGAAAGUUAUUAAGCGACCUAUAAAUCAUUUUUUAGCUAUGUUUUAUGAUUUAUCCAAUUCGAGAAGAUUCGAAAUAGCGAUCUUUGUACUGAUUUUUCUAAAUAUGCUUACCAUGGGCAUUGAGCACUACGAUCAGCCCCAUGCCGUAUUCUUUAUAUUGGAAGUGAGCAAUGCAUUUUUCACCACUGUCUUUGGGCUCGAGGCCAUCGUUAAGAUUGUGGGGCUGCGUUAUCAUUACUUCACGGUGCCUUGGAAUGUGUUUGACUUCCUGCUGGUGCUGGCCUCCAUCUUCGGCAUACUUAUGGAGGACAUUAUGAUCGAUUUGCCCAUCAGCCCGACGCUGUUGCGUGUGGUGCGCGUCUUUCGCAUUGGACGCAUCCUGCGCCUGAUCAAGGCUGCCAAGGGCAUACGCAAGCUGCUGUUCGCUUUGGUCGUUUCGCUGCCGGCGCUCUUCAAUAUUGGCGCCCUGCUUGGGCUGAUAACGUUUAUCUAUGCCAUACUGGGCAUGUCGCUAUUCGGCCAUGUGAAGCUGCAGGGCGCCUUGGAUGAUAUGGUAAACUUUCAGACAUUUGGGCGCAGCAUGCAGCUGUUGUUUCGCCUGAUGACCUCGGCGGGCUGGAACGAUGUACUGGAGUCCCUGAUGAUACAGCCGCCGGUCUGUGAUCCGUUCUUCAAUAGGCAGACGAACGGCGAUUGCGGCCAUCCGCUGCUGGCGAUCACCUACUUCACGAGCUUCAUUAUAAUCAGUUAUAUGAUUGUGAUUAACAUGUACAUUGCCAUCAUUCUGGAGAAUUUCAAUCAGGCGCAUCAGGAGGAGGAGAUUGGCAUUGUUGAAGAUGACUUGGAAAUGUUUUACAUACGUUGGUCCAAAUAUGAUCCACAUGCCACCCAAUUUAUACACUUCUCGCAACUGUCCGAUUUUAUUGCCUCACUCGAUCCACCAUUGGGCAUCUCGAAGCCCAAUAAUGUCGCUUUAGUGUCAUUUAAUCUGCCCAUCUCUAAGGGCAAUAAAAUACACUGUCUCGACAUUUUGCACGCGCUAGUUAAGCACGUGCUAGGUCAUGUCGAGGAGACCGAUAACUUCAAACAGUUGCAGGAACAAAUGGAUGUCAAGUUCAAGAAACAGUUUCCAACACGCAAAGAAUUGGAAAUUGUUUCGUCGACGCGGAUCUGGAAGCGCCAGGAAAAGGCAGCCAAGACCAUACAGACCGGCUGGAAGGACUAUUUGCGCCGCAAGCUGGAAAAGGAACGCUCCAAUUCUGGCGACAGCGCAACGCAAACGUCCAGCCCUGGCGGCUGGCAAUCAAAGCUCUCCGCGCUCAAUUUCUUCCAUCUGCAGGUGAGCCGUCGCGGCACAGCCUGCUCCAGUCGCGCCUCCUCGCGUAAAUCUUCGCGCGCCUCGGAUGGCUCCGAUCUCAGCGAGCUGGCCGGACCCUGGCUUAAUCUGCCGCUUAUGCUCGUCUCGGGCGCCGAUGAUGUGGUCAAGGAUAUUAAACAGCAGAGCGAUGAGCUGGGCAAACGCAUAUCCUCUUGUAUCUCCCUAAACUAUGAGUCCUUGCUCGCCGAUAUGGUCACAGCCGUUUUAAGAAGUGGCUCCCAGCCGAAUGGCUUAAAUUAUUUAGCUGCAAUGAACACCAACAACACCACAACCUCAACCUCCACAUCCGCCUCUGCCUCCGCCUCCGUCUCUGCUAGCGCCACCAACGUUGAAAGUGACAAGCAAACGCAACACCAGCACCAACAACCGGUGGCGCCAACUCCAACGCGUAAGCGCGCGUCUAGUUUUAUACGCAAGAAACCGCCCCUAGAAAGAGGUUUGUCAGCACAAAGCGCUUUAAGAGUUAACAAGAACGCUUAUGUCUCGGAGGCUCCGGCACCGGAGGUGAUUGUGACGAAGCCAUCGCCGGAGCAGCAAACGCAUCCGCACGUGCAUGCACUCGGCCUGCGGCCGGACAAUGCGACGCUGGUGCAUGUGCUGGUGCAUCGCGAGAGCGAGGAGUAUAAGGAGGAGGACGAGUGUAGCCUAUCAUCGCCUGGCCAUGGCUCGACAAACGGCAAUGGUCAUGAGAAGCCAAAACCUCCGCAAAUACGGAUCAGCACAGGCUCAUCCGAGAGCGCCAUGGACAGCAGUCUAAUGCCCACGGUACAAAUAAUGGUCGACAGCCCAAAGGAGCCGCCACGUGGCGAUUUCAGCACUGACAGCAGCUAUCCAAAUGCUGCCUAUACGCCGCCCCAGCCGCCGAAGAUCGAUGUGGAUGCGCCCAUCGAUGUAAAUGUGCAGGGCGAUACAUCGCAAGUGUUCUAUGACUACAAUCCCGAGUCCAAUCUUGAUAAUACAAAUGAUAUAGUCCCAUUGGAGGAGCAGCCGCAAGCGCCGCCCGAUGCCGAAGAUAAACAGAGAUGACCUUCAGUUAACAUGGAAGCGCAGCUGCCACAGCCGGAACAGAAGCAGCACACAGGUAGGGUUAGCAGCAGCAGUAGCAGCAGCGAGACGAGCAGCUGCAGCAGCAGCGCCAGCAGCAGCACCUCAACAGCUAGCCAGUCAACUGGUGCCGUCGGGCAGCGUCCAAGUUGACAAUCUCCAGUCUGAGAGCACAUUCAAUGUGCGUAUGGGCGAGUAUUUUUAAUUGCUUAGAGCUAGGCACGGGGCGAACGUUUGCCCCUUUGUUAUUCUAGUCGAUUAAUAUAUAUAUAUAU